CAUUGCGAAUUAAAAAAAAAAAUACCCUUACUUCCGUUGUGUAUCGUUAUUGCACAUGCUGAAUUUCGCUACAACUUCAAGCUGAUACCAACUACCCAAUCUCAGGAUCGGUGAUUGAUCUAAAUAAUCUCUACAGGAAAACAUGCCGAAGAAUAAGGGAAAGGGUGGAAAGAACAGGCGCAGAGGUAAAAAUGAGAAUGAAAAUGAGAAGAGAGAACUUGUCUUCAAGGAAGAUGGGCAAGAAUAUGCACAAGUGACCAAAAUGCUAGGCAAUGGACGCCUGGAGGCUAUGUGUUUUGAUGGUGUCAAGCGCUUGUGCCAUAUUAGAGGGAAGUUGAGAAAAAAGGUGUGGAUUAAUUCUGGAGAUAUCAUUCUGCUAGGACUACGAGACUACCAGGACACCAAAGCUGAUGUGAUUCUUAAAUACACAGCUGACGAGGCAAGGAACCUCAAGGCAUAUGGCGAAUUACCAGAAUCAGCGAAAAUCAAUGAAAAUGCAGGCAUGGAGGAUGACUUGGAUGAAAACAUCACCUUUGACAACUUUGAUGAUGAUGAAGAUGAUGAUGAUGAUGCAGCUUAGGUGGUGUCAAGACAGCUAAGUGGUGGGUGGUUGGGGGCAUAGGUGGGCAAAUGGUAUCUGCAGCUAAAGGACUAAAGAGGAUGCUGUUCAGUUUAGGAGUAGUACACUUAAUCUACUGGGUUUGCAUUUGUGCAUGCACUUUUGCCAGAUGUGUAGUUACAUUCUGCUUAGGAAUGAAUAUAAGAAUUGGCUGUCAUAAAAGAGUGAUGGACGAAUGUGAAAAAAGUGUUUAAGGUUGUAGUACUUUUUUUUUUGGUAGUCAAAUUACUAUUUGAUUAUUAGUAUUUUGGACCUCGUCCCCUCCCACAGACCUUGAAAAAUACUAGCUUUGCUACAUAGAUGCUUUAGUAUACAUGUAUUCUCCAUGUUCACUGUAAAAAAAAAAUAAAAUGCUGUGCUGCAGUGGGAAGGUAAGCUAGGAAAGGUUAUUUUUUUAAUAGCAUGACUAAAAAAUAUCUAGGAAAAAAAAUAAAGACACAAAGCAGCUCUUUCUUUGGGCUUUUUUUGGGAAGCUUUUUGGAACAGUAAAACCAUGAAACAACAAUACUAUUAUAUGGGUACCAAUAUUGAAUUGUUUUUAAAUGAUUUACACAAGUAAGAAAAAUUUUAAAUUUCAUGAUUAAAAAAUAUUUUUGUCAUUCUAAAAGGUUUGCUUAAACAUUUUUGACAUAAACAUUAUUAAGGUGUGGGGAUGAAUUCACCAGGUAUGUAAUGAACAAUAUUUUUCAAAUUUUGGCCUAUGGUUGACAAGUAGUUCAAUUCUUUAAAAUGUGAAGUAAGAACAGGGCCAUACACCAUUAUUUGAGUACGUCAUUCAUGUGUGCAUUACUUGGGUGUUUCUAUUGGAAUGACCGCUGUUUAAUUAUUGGACAGCAAAUCUCAUCUCUUUAUAGUAAAAUCCUUACUAAAUUACAGAUAAACUCUAACCAUAUCUUGCAGGUGAAAUCAUAAAUUUUUCUAAAAGUCAUAUGGGGCAUCUAGUCUUGGUUAUUGGUACACUUUUUUUUAUCCCUUUCCAUAAAAGAUUUUUUUUCUUCAACACUUUGUGCAACUAUUAUUUCACAUGUAAUAUUUAAGCAGUUAAAAAAAUAGCUGUGCAAGUUCAAAUUCUUCUGCUUGGUAAGUUUUUGGUGAAGAAUACACUGAAGUGGUUUUGAACAGUUUGUACCCUUAAUUUAAAUUUGUUGUGCUACAAGCUAUUGUACAUAUUUUUCCUAGAGACUCCUGCUUUGCACUUCACCUCAAGCUGGCACUUUCACAUGUAGGAAAAAUUAUUUCUUUUGUAAAUUUGUAUCUCCCUAAAUUUUAACUUUCCAAGUACGACAUUAGGUUUGCCUUUUUUUUUUUUGGAAAAGCUGAGAGAGCAUUUUUCUGUUCAGGUGUAGUUAACUCUUUAACUUAUUGAUAAAGUGUUCUUCGUGCUGUUGGAUUAUAGAAAUAGCACAGGGGUUGUGAGAGGGGUUUCAAUGUGUUAGCCAAUUCUUUUCCACCCAGUAGUUUUGGUCUGAAUAGCAGAAUUAUUUGUUACAGCAUCACUCUUUAACAGGAGCUUAGCUCUAAAGCUAAACAGAAUUGUCAGCAUGCUUCAUAGUAAAACCCAUUUUUUCUUGAUUAGUAUUAUAAUUCAUAAAUAUUUCCUGAAAAUCUUAAAUUUUUACUUGGAAAUGUUUAUGCUACGUGACAGCUGGGAGCAUACAUUCUCAAUAAAAAAAAAAAAAAA